UUUGUAAAGCAGAGUUGGCUUAGAUUAUUGUUUGUUGCUUAUGGUGAACUAAAAUGUAAUUACUAAAAAUUCGAAAUUUCGCCACCAUUAAAAAUAGCGGCUAUCCUCGCCAUUCGAAAAAAUCGUUGCAAACUAUUUGUGAAAAAACGGCCAAAAUAUGGGGAAAAAGGGUGGAAAGGGAGGAAAGAAGGGAAGGAAGACCAUGGCUAAAUCCAUAUUCGUCCCUGCUCCGCCAGAUGUUCCAGCUAAGCCUGCUUUUAAUAGAAGUCUUCCACUGUACUCCUUUGACCUGGUUGUGACUCGCUUGGAAGUAACGGGCGUGGCACUAACAGAUCCCCGAAAACUGGUGGUGAAGGUCAGUUUCGGGGACAAUGACCUCUCGUUAACUGCUAGUCGGACCAAUGUGAGCGCAUUCAAGCCAGAUGCCAGUAUGAUCUUCCAGUCGGUGCCAAUGGAGUUGUCCACGAAACUCCAGGAGAACGGCAUUGCCUUUGAGGUGGUGUACGAUGAAAUAAUGAUUGGCAAGGGAAAGGCGGCUCUCCCCAAAAGACUUACCAACAACGUCGGCUGGAACAUGAAGGAGUUCAACUAUACGAGCACCUGCUCCCUGGCAACUGUGGAAAAGCCGGAUAUUCAAAUCGGUGCUUUAGAAUUCCUGUGCAAGCUGUUCAUCAAGUGCAGUGAUUAUGCCAGGAAGGGAGAAACGUGCAAAAAUCUGGACAGGAAUAUCAGCCCAAAUGACAUUGUAUUUGUUAUUGGCAAAUCAGCAAAUAGUCCCACCGAUUGCGAUGGCUGCAAGGGUGUCCUCGAAGCCGAGGCUAGAAAGGAACAGCAAAAGGACUAUUCCAUUAGUCAAGAUCCGCGUUGUGGCUAUUAGUAAGAAAACUUUAGGCUCUAAUUUUAAAAAAUAUAGUGAAUUUCAAAAAGGCA